AUGAGAUUUUGUAUUCAUUUCGCCGGAACGCUAGUGUUGCUGUCUCGUGGUUUCUAGAGUCAGGUUCGUCCUGAAGACUCACUGAAUUUCUGCAGACAGUAGAUGAAUGUAGGACGAGUGAUUGCAACAAUCUGCACCACAAUUACAAUACAAACUAUUACAUAAUUGUAUCGUUUGUGACAAUGUUAUGGGCUAGGGCUGGUUACGGAAACCUGUGACAGAGAGCACCACCCACCUCUACCGGCGGAAUUUGUGCACAAAUUGAAACAAUUGAACGCAGAACGUUGUGAUAAGUUCAUGUCUCCGUUCUCAUAGGAUCGUAGUGGCAUUGUCUUCGUGUUCCAGCAUAAUUGAAACAAACAACUGCUGCUGUUUGUUAUUGAUCUCUUCUCUGCCUCUCGCCUCCACUGGAUAUUCUUCAAAGCCUCUACGGUGGGUCGCGAGGCCUGACCCACGGCGCAGCGACGAGGACGUCAUCUCCACAGGAAUACACUAGUGUCCACGUGAACCGGUUCCUCAUAUUAGCACUUCAGGUCGCACCUCACAGGAAACACAUUACGUCUCCUCUACAGAGUCCUGCCGGUUAAAGCUGUUCAGGGAAACAGCCGCUGUUUACUAAUAUGAGGAGGACUAGACAUCGGCUGAGGCGGGAACGGUGGCAGGUGACAUGUGGUCUAGUGCUCAUAUACACUCUGGUGCUCCAUGUGGCCUCCAACGGCGGCGCCAUUGAUGUUACUGGCAUCCCCAGUGCUGCCCCCACAGACGAAAAGGCCCCUGAAGAAAGUGCUACCUUCAGUGUGGAGAGCACAUCUGUUGAGCCCACAAAACCUGCUCACCAAAGAGGGAUCCCUACAGUGCAUCCUCGCCGACAGAACUGCACGCCUCCGGCUAUAGAGCAGUUUCCUGUGCCCCUUAUGGGUCCAAAGGCUCGAAAGUCAGGAGGACUCAUCAUACAUGUCCUGGCAGCUGUAUAUACAUUUCUGGGACUUGCAAUUGUGUGUGAUGAUUACUUUGUGUCUUCAUUGGAUAGAAUAUGCGAAGAACUCAAACUGUCUCCUGAUGUGGCUGGAGCCACUUUCAUGGCAGCAGGAUCUUCUGCUCCAGAACUGGCAACAGUGGUCAUUGGAGUGUUCUUUGCAAAAGAUGACAUCGGUAUCAGUGGAGUGAUUGGGUCAGCUGUCUUCAACAUCAUGUUUGUUAUUUCGGUGUGCGCGCUGUGUGCUGGUACUGUGUGCCAUCUCAACUGGUGGCCACUUAUAAGAGACUGUUUCUUCUAUGCACUGUCCAUCCUAGUUAUGCUCUUCACCAUCUACAAUGAAAUGAUAUCAUGGCCGGAAUCGUUGUUUAUGCUUCUGAUGUAUGUUGGCUACUGCCUGGUGUUACACUAUAAUCCAAGAAUUGAAAAAUGGGCACAGAAAUUACCAGUACCAUGUCGUCAAACUUUGCCAGAGGAAGAAUCAGCGAUAGUUUCAUAUAGACACCUUGAGGAAGACCGUUCACGCCGACCAAGUUACACCACUCCGCCUCUAACUUCGGUUGAUAACAAACUCAACUUCAGCACAGAGACAGUUGUCUGCUGUCCAGCAGAUAGAGAGCCCGGUGCACUUUCACAGCAGCAGCAGGGAGCCCCAGGAAUGCCACCACUAGUUCCUCCACUACCAGUCACUACUGACUACUACAAGCCGAAGGAAAGUCGCCCUGUUGAAGAAGUGUCACCACUGGUGAAGCCCACUGAAGGUGGUCUCUGGGCUCAGGUGUCUUGGGGCAUCACUGUGCCGAUCCAUGCCCUCUGUCGUGCCACGAUACCCGAUUGCAAGAAGGAACGCUGGCGACACUGGUACCCCUUCACCUUCCUCAUGUCCAUGAUUUGGAUAUCAUUUUAUUCCUAUAUCAUGGUGUGGAUGAUUACAGUUAUAGGCAGCACCCUUGGCAUCCCUGACACAGUGAUGGGGCUGACAUUCAUGGCUGCAGGUGUCAGUGUGCCAGAUGCUUUAUCCAGUUUGGCUGUUGUCAAGGAGGGUUAUGGGGACAUGGCAGUCUCCAAUGCUGUCGGUUCCAAUGUCUUUGACAUACUGAUCUGUCUAGGACUACCUUGGUUCAUUCAGACUGCCAUCAUCAAACCAGGGUCCCAUGUUAAUGUCUACAGUAAAGGUCUUACAUAUUCCACUUUGUCUCUGCUUUCAACUGUCCUGUUUCUAGUAGUGGCAACGCAUCUCAAUGGCUGGAAGCUGGACAAGAAAUACGGUCUGAUUCUCAUGGUAUGGUAUCUCUUGUUUAUAACGUUUGCGAGUUUGUAUGAACUCAAUGUGUUUGGUGACCUGAAUCCACCAGAGUGCCCCAGCAACUACUAAAACAUGUUGGAUAUUAUGAAAUCUGUUGUUAUGACUGAAUCUUAAAAAAAGAGUUUCCCUUUUGGGCAGGAAAAGAUCAGGGAUAUGAGUAAGGGUGGAUUAAGGAGAGCAGUCAUUGCAUUCUCACCCUGAAUACUAUAUUUACGUAUGAGUAAAAUGCAGUGUUGCACCCUGGGGUUCUUAUAUUCUUUAAGAUUCAGAAGAAUUUCAGAAUCUCUGGAUGCUUUUCUAUAUUAUGUAAGAUGGGGUUAGGGACACGAGGCCCUUAAAUUCUUGUGUACUCAUAUUUCUACCAGGAGUUGGUUGGUUUCUGAUCCUGCACUUUGAAAAAUAAUUUAUUUGUGCUUUUUUUAACAUCAACUGGUUGACAUAUUUUAACUCAUUUUCUAUUCUGAUAUCACUUGGCCGAGUUACACUUCACUGGGAGUUCGGUAUAUACAAUUCAGAAUACUUCGCACAUCUAUACAUUAUUCAUUUACAGCACAGUCAUAAGAUGAGGAGGAGGAGAAGCUGAUGGACAGACAAAAUGACAUCCUCUUUUUCCCUCAAAUAAAGCAUAUUUCUGAUAUCGCUAGAGAAGAAAUGUGGUCUUACUAUCUUGUAUUAGUUUGUAUAGACAGCAAUGUACUCAUAUAAUGAAGAAUAAGAAUUUUUAAGUGCUUUUAAUAUAUUUUGAUUUUAGUAAAAUCUGGGCUUCAAAAAUUAUUUUAAGGUAUGUUUUAUACCAUUUGCCUGCAUGGGCUUUACACAGGAUCAUCAGAAAGAUGUGGUAUAUUUCAAUGCCUGUAUUGAACUUAACAGCACUCAUUCCUGUAUCAUGGUGGUAAUUAAGUACUGGAGAUUUUAUUUGUGUUAAAGUAGGUUCAAUGUGUGAUCCUUGUGCAUCCAAUUUAAUUUGCAGAAAAUCAUUUUGAAAUUUUUCAUAACUGCAUCCAUUGUUUCUUUAGUGAUGCUUCCAAAAUCCAUUGUGAUUUCUGCCUUUAAUUUUUCAACUUCCAGGGGGUAUCAUUAACUGAUAAACUUCCAACUGCUAUGUAUUCUGUGACAUGAAAUUUGUUCACUCAAGUGUAAUUACUAUGUCUUUUUUGAAGAUUCUGUAGUUAUUUGAGAAACACUCUUGUCCCUGUUACUUGGAAAAUAGUCCACAUUUCACAUACAUAAGCACUUCUAGAAAUAAGUCAACAUCAUUCACGACUUUGUACACUAAUAUUAAUGUAUUUUGUUGCAUCAGGGAGCUUGGCCCAUGAGCACAGUAAAGAUCAGAGAGAUCCACAGAGUCUUCAUUCAGACACUUAAAAGCCAUGGGUCUUAUGACAUUCUUUUGUAUAAUGUUUUCAUGAUAACUUAUAAACUGCUGUUUGUUAGAUACUGGGAGUAGCUUAAGACUGUCAAGAGAUGGCAGGAUAAGAUGAUUUUCAUCAAUAAUGCCUUGCACUGAAGGUAUGCAAGGAAGAAGAAUUGGCUGAAAUUUGAGAAAUGUUGGAGGAUUUGAGGUUCUCACAGUGGUGGUUAUGAAGAUUUCUAUCUUCCCCGAUGUAAUACCAUGUAGUCUGUUGAAAGUCAACCAGCGUUUCAGGGGAAUAUGUCACCUCCAUCUUGAAUGUAAAAAAUAAGCCAAACAAAAAUCCAAUGUGAAAAUAGGUGGCAAGCAGUCAGUUGACUUUCAGCAGACUGCAUGAUGUUAUGUUCCAGAAGAUAGAACUGUUGAUAAAUCUUGUUUGUAGCUUGGAAGUUACUGAAAGUGGUUCUGAGCCAUUAAGUGUGCUACUCAGUUCAGAACACCAGAGGUAACCAAGUCUGUGAGAGUAGUUGGUCAUGAUUAAUAUCUUAAUGUUGAUAAUGUUUUACUGCAAGAAUGACAAAAUGAAGGUGACUAUGUUGAAACUAGCCACUGUGUUGGCUUUCAACCUUAACAUCCAGUGUACUAUGUGUACUACCUGCUAUAACAUUAAAAGCUCAGCAUUCUUCCCACAGUGUGUCCUUAUGUGUUUUGUAUUGGUGGUUAUUUACUUAAACAACAUCAACCAGUUGGUAUUUCCAUUUGAGAUAUAGUGUGUUUUCUAUGAGGUAUAAACAGAUUUUUUUAUACAGAGAUAUUGGGUUUUCGGACUUUGUCCAUCGUCUGGAUUUUUUUAUAUAUUGCAUAUAUGAAUUUCCAGCAUCAAAGGUUCAGUAGUUAUUGAUAUCUAACAUUUCUGUUAUUACUUAGUCUAAAUGUGAUUUUUGACAUUUAACAUUAUAAGUACAUUUCUGUAAAAUAGAGUGGUUGCAAGAUGAAAGCCUUACAGGAAACUUGGGGUUAGUCAUUUGUCUUCUAAGUGAAUUUAAAGUUUUUAAUUCCAGCUCCUUCUCAGAUCUCAUGCUCCACACAAUUUAGGUACCAUAAUAUGGAAAAAGGGAGUGAAUGCAGAACUGUUUUCAAAUCUCACAGAACUGAAGCAUGUGUGUAAGUAAAUCAAAUGCAUUGAGUUCAUUAUUAUCUAUACCAAAAUAGCAUUUCUAAAUAGCUAUUAGGAAAGAUUGUUCUAUAGUAAUACUGCCAUGUUAGAGUGAUUUGAUGGAAGUAUUUGACAAUGUGUU